AUGGACGUCAACCUUGGCCCUGGCAAGACUGGCCGCAUUGGCCUUCACGAGGACGACGACCCGCGGCAGCUCGCGCGCAGCUUUGCUCGCACGUACCAGCUCGAUGCGAUGAUGCGCGAGCGGCUGCAGCAGCUCAUCGAAAGGUACAUGGACGAGGUUGUGCCGGGACUUGCGGCCCAGUGCAACGCCGCCCCGUCGACGAGCGACAUUUCGUCGGAGGCGGUCGCCGAGGCGCCGUGA